UGAUGGAGGAAUGAUUACGGAUCUGCGUUGUGUUCUAACCUCCAAAAUCCAAACACGGUGAGUGUUUUGCGCCGCUGAACCGCCGCGAUAUAAGAUUCGCGAGAUCAGCUGUUCGACCUGCCGCGAAUACUCGCCGGUGUCUCGCCGAGAUUAACGACCGAAUUGAUCCGCGUUCGCGCGAGCCACGCGUGUCUCGUGUCAGAUUCGCAAACUGCACCCUCGAUCGCAGUCUCUAGGCAACGUCAAUCGAUUCGACAGAAUUAACGAAUCCCGCGAACCUCGGCGGAAUCGGCGAGGGAAGAUGAUACCGGCCCAGAUAUUCCGCUUGAUUCACACGAACGGCCUGCUCUGGCAGGCCACGAACAAAUCCCUGCUGGCUAAGCUGCGCAAGAAGACCGGCUACACGUUCGCGAACUGCAAGAAAGCCCUGGAGCUGCACGAGAACGACGUGGACAAGGCUGAGAAAUGGCUGAGGGAGCAGGCGCAGCAGUACGGCUGGACCCAGGCGGCCAAGCUGAAGGGCCGCAACACCAGUCAGGGGCUGAUCACGGUGACCGUGGACGGGCGUCACGCCGCGCUGGCCGAGAUUAACUGCGAGACCGACUUCGUGGCGCGCAACAAGAAGUUCCACGGUCUCGCGGAGGCGGUGAUCUCCGCCGUGCUGAAUCACGCGAGGUCCCAGGAGAUUCAGAACGAGGUGCAACGGACAAUUUUCCACGCGGACAGUCUCAAGGACCUGCCGGCCGCGGACGGCAAGCCGCUGAGCGACCACUCCGCCCUGACCAUCGGCAACGUCGGCGAGAACAUCAGUCUGAGGCGCGCGCUCGCCGUCAGCGUGCGGUCGCCGGACGUAACGCUGUUCGGCUGCACGCAUCCGGCGCCGAUGAAUCCCAUACCCGUGUCCUUCGGCAAAUACGGUGCCCUGGUGGCCAUCAAGUGCAAGGAAAGCGACAAUAUGCUGGGCACGCAGCUCUGCCAGCAUAUCAUCGGCAUGGACCCGCAGAAGAUCGGUGACCCGCGGAUGGACGAGCCGCACGACAACGUGGACGAGGAGCAGUGCAUGAUCUAUCAGGAAUUCCUGCUCGAUCCCACUCUCUCCGUGCAGCAGUUGCUGGCGGAGGCGAACGCCGAGAUCGUCGACUUCGCGCGUUUCGAGAUCGGCGAGGAGCUUGACGAGGAUUCGACGCUGAAGAGCAUUCAGACCUGCGGCUGAUGUCAACCUCCGAUUUCACACAUUAUCUAUCGUUAAUAUUAAUUUUCAUAUGAUAAUACACGAUAAUUAUUUUUUUGUUGUUGACUGAAAUCGAAGAAGCGAGAAGAUCAUGUGAAAACAGAUUCCUAAGUUGUUCAUCUUUAAGAACAAGAAUGUGUUUGAAAAUAAUAAUGACAUUCUCUCAGUUUUAGUACUUUGUACAGUGUAUCGUGUUACAGUAAUAAAAUCGAUAUAGCCUAGUAUAAAAUUUAAA